GGCGGGUCUUGGCGCCAGUGAUCAAGAUAAAAACAAGGCUCAUGAGGACUCGAAGCCGCGACUUUGCUCUUCUCCGCCGAUGUUGCCAGAGCUGCUGAGUUUUCCCUAGUGACGCUGUGACAUUCCUCUUUACCGUUGAUUAAGGACUCGUCUGGCUGAAGAAUUUCAUGAGGAUUGAGGGAACACCUUGAUGGAAGGCUCUUCAUCUCCCCACACCUCUAGGCCUUCGUCUUCACGCAAGCGUGAAGGAAGUGUGGAAAGCCAGCAUAGGUCAUGCGUCCGAGUGACCUCCAAGCCAGUAAGGAAAGUACGGCGAAUGGCGAGGUGGAACACCACAGACUACACGGUUCACGAUACCGACAAUGACAUGCUCUUGAUCAUUUCUAAUGAAAACAGGGUGCAGAGGAAGCCGAGGAAACUGGCAGGGAAGAAAAGUAACCGGAAGUUGAACGCACAGCACAGUUCCCACAAAAAUAAGGUUUCCCUGGACAAUAGAAGGAUGAAGGAGGCCAUGUCUAAGAGCCUGGCAGGCCAGGUUAAGCUAACUGAUUCAGAACUGGAGCCUGAGAAGACAGAAGUCUUGGACCGAUGGGGCCAAGAGCUUCCGAUCGAAGUCUUAGUUCAUAUCUUCCAUUAUGUAGUGUCAUCGAAUGGGGCCGUACCAUUUCUGUGCAGGAUGGCCCGUGUUUGUCACCUGUGGUAUGGAGCUGCUGCCAACCCCAAACUCUGGCAGAAAGUUACAAUCUCCUAUUGCUGGACAGAUUCUGGAAAGAAACUGGUGCCUCCAAUUCAAAGAAAAAUCCAAAACACCCUCAACUGGCUAAGAGACAACAGGUUUACACAGCUUCGGGAGUUCUCUCUCUGCCACUGGAACAAUCUAGUGAGUUACACCAUGAAGACCAUCACGGAGUCCUGCCCUCACUUAGUCUCCUUGCGGCUGACUAACUGCACCGGUGUCACAUCUGAUAUCUUUGAGGCAUUGAUCACCCAUUGCCGGAAGCUGGAAAGUUUAAAUCUGCAACAUUCAGUGGUUGACACUGUAGCUGUUGUUAAUUUUCUUGAAGCAGCAGGUUCGAAUCUGAAACAACUGUGUGUGACUUACAGCAGUCGCCUGCACAACAUCUUCAAUGCUAUUGUGGCGGGCUGCUGCACUGAACUUCGGCUACUGGAGGUAAACACUGAAAUCAAGCAGACCAACCCCUAUUUCCAGUUCUGCAUUGAGAUGCUGCAGGCCGGCUGUCCCAAGCUGCAGGUGCUGAGGCUCCUGAACUUGACCUGGUUCCCAAAGGCUUGCACGAUGAUUGUUUCACCGGAGGUUGGCUUCUCGGAGCUGGAGGAGUUGUGCUUGGCCACUUCAUCAUUCUCGCUGGUCACGGACGAAGUUCUGGUGAAGCUGCUGCACUUGUCAUCCAGGUUACGGACAUUAGACCUGAGAGGUUGUUAUCGGAUCACAUCAGCAGGAUUACAGCUUCUGCCCUGUCAAGAUCUGGCACGGCUGUUCUUGGGACUUUACUGCAGCACUACCACCCUACUGCUGGCUAAACAGGGCUCGGAGCAGAUGGCAUUAAAAUGGAAGCACUCUUUGCAAGAACUGGAUCUCACUGGGCAGUGCUACAAUGAGAAGGAUCUUGAGCUGGCCAUGGAAAUCCUAGCGGGGCCUGAGGGAAACCAUCUUCUGCGCUCUCUGAACUUGGCUGGGACCAAAGUCACGUUGGAUGCCAUCAGAGUGGUGGUAAGCAGCAGCCCCAAUUUGAUCUACCUGAAUCUGACGUCCUGCCGCUGUCUUCCCCGUGGGCUGAAGCGCAUCUACCGAGGCCAGGAUGAGAUCUCCCAGUUUGUCAACCGGUUGCUGGGCAGCAUGGAAGUCAGCAGCUCAGCUGUGAAUGUGGAUCACAAGGGGCAGUUGUGAAGCAAGCAGCCUACUCAAAGACACCAGCAAAGGCCAUAUUGCAAAUUCAACUGACUCACUUUCUUAAAACAAAGUGCAUGCGCGCGCGUGUGCAUGUGAACGUGUAUGUGUGUGUGUUUGCGCACGUGUAUGUGCCUCCAGCUCCUUCCGUAAAGUUCAAAGCACAAUCAGUAAAUAAAAGAUGAAAAAAAAAAUCGAUGGUGCUCCAGGUUGAGAUCAGUUACUACCAGUAAACUUAAAAAAAAAAAGCCUAGCUACAAAUCCUCAAAAAAAAACAAUCGCAGAGCAAUAGAUAUUUGAAACAAAUUGAAGAAAAGGUUGUUAGAAUAGACUUCAGUUUAAGGUACUUUGGUGAUUGAGGAAAAGUUGCAAGGUUAAAGUGAGUUUAAAAGCAUGAGAGCCCAGACAGACUAGACUAUAAAUGGGACUUUGAAGUGCAAAGUAAGGGUUCUUUUAAGGUUGUGUAUAACUCUGCGAAGUGGUAGGUGAGCUCUUGUUUCUAAACAAAGUGGCUAUGAAACUCUGCUUCUGUGUUUCUAAGUUGCUGAAUGUAAACUUGAGGCCCAAUUUUGCAGCCCUAUAAGGGCACUGUACACUUUUACAAUAACAGUUUUUAAACAGUUUUAUCUGAACACUACAGGGGAAAUAAAUGUCUAGUGCCUUAAGUGUUUAUCUUCUUUUGUACACCACACCCUCUCCUAGCCCCACUAGAGGCUAACUAUUUCUUUCAAUGGUGCUAAACUGUAAUUGCAGUUCCACAUUUUGAAUGCAAGAGCAAAGGCCAUUGUGGUGAAUACUUAAAUCAUGGUGUAUUACUGAAAAUAUGAACUCGAAAUUUAAAGUUUUUUUUUAAUAAUAUUUGGGGAUGUUGCAGUUUUCAUUCUCAGGAAAAGUUUGGUAGCUUUCCCAGCUGGUUAAGCAACUUGGGUGCUAAAUUGAUUCCUCCCUGUCCCCUACCUUAGAUAACAUUGAGCUUAGCCUGGUCAGCAACUCAUUUCAGGGAACAACCAUGCCCAUUACUCUGGGUUUGCAGGAGAGAAGGGGUAAAGGAGAAUUAAAUUGUUCUAGGAUCUGGGAUUUUAAAUGCUCUAGAAACGCAUACAAGAACUCAAGCAAGGAUAGGAAUAGACAUAGCAGUUGCCUCCCCUGCUGUUUUCUCUCUGUCUAGAAUCACGUGGUAAUUGACAUAUGGCCAAGAACCAUGACACUGUAAUCCCAAUAAGGGAGGCAGAGGGGCAUGGUGAGAACAGGAGAGCAUUCCAAACUGUAGAUGCUAAACCAGUGAUUGAUGCUUUUAUGCUCCUGCAAUAUUCUAUGAAAAUGUUUUUUGACUCAUUAAUAAAGUGAAUGUAGAAAUAAAUAAAUGGAAUAUGUAAAUAAAUAUUUGUAAAACUUAAAA